AUGCCAUCUAUCUUUGCUGUCGCCCACAACACCAUCAACAACACGGUCACCAAUCACCAUGCCGGCUUCCACCCCUUCACCGCUCCCGCCUUCUACUUUCUCGCACCUCCCAUCGCCUGGAGUCUCGCCCUCAUCCCCAAGCCUGUUCCUACCCCUGAGCUUCCUGUCUCCGAGCCUGUUACUGGUGUCUUCGUUCCUAAGCCUGAGCCUGUUCCUCAUCCCCCUACUCCUGAUCCUCACCCUCCUCCUCCUCCCAUCUUCUGGAAGGCUUUGGGGGUCUACAUGAUGGCUCCUGUUCAUCCUGCUAUGUGA